UAGCUGCCGCUCAGCGAGCUUUGCGCACACACGGAGCUUUGCGCAUCUGGUCGUCAUCAGCAGCAGCAGCAGCAGCUCUUCCUGCUCAGAUGUGACUCAACCAGAGUGGGAAGAGAAGCUUCUUCUCACAGGACCUCUUGUGUAAAACCCUCCUCGGACGUCGGUUCUCGGGCAGUAGGACGCCGCCGCCGCCGCCGCUGGAUGGAUUGGCUGUUUAACUUCUUUUAACGGGAAAAACGAGGCGAGGAGAAAAAGUUUGCUCAAGUUUUGUUUGCGCCCUCCGCGGCUGAUCUGGAUGCGAACAGAUCCGCGUUGUAGCUCGGCAGAACCCGGGUCUGUCUCUGGCCGCUUUCUGGAGGCUUUCCGUGCAAAGGAUCUUGGUUGUUCUGUGGUUCUUCCUCUCAGAUCGACGCUCCGCUCUUUUUCCCGCAGUUCCCCACUUGCGUCAUGACUUCUAGCUAUGCACAUGUAAUGGACAGGCAAGCCUCGAUAUCAAACCGCCUGGAGAGUCCGAUCACGUCGAACCUGGACAACCUGCAAGCCAAGAAGAACUUCUCGGUCAGCCACCUGUUGGAUCUGGAAGAGGCCGGGGAAAUGGUGGGCACCCAGGCGGACGAGAGCGUCGGAGAGGCGGGGAGGAGUAUGCUGGAGUCCCCGGGGCUGACCAGCGGGAGCGACACGACCCAGCAGGAGAAUGAACAGAUGAACACGGAGGAGAAGAAGAAGAGGAAGCAGCGCAGGAACAGGACCACCUUCAACAGCAGCCAGCUCCAGGCUCUGGAGAGGGUGUUCGAGAGGACACACUACCCCGACGCCUUCGUCAGGGAGGACCUGGCCCGCCGGGUCAACCUCACCGAGGCCAGAGUCCAGGUUUGGUUCCAGAACAGGAGAGCCAAGUUCCGCAGGAACGAGCGCGCCAUGCUGGCCAGCAAAAACGCCUCGCUCCUCAAAUCGUACUCAGGAGACGUGACGGCGGUGGAGCAGCCAAUCGUACCGCGCCCUGCACCACGCCCCAACGACUACCUGUCCUGGGGCAGCGCUGCCCCCUACAGCUGGUAUCCGAUGCCGGAGGGGGGGCCAGUGCGAGUGCCACAGAAAAUGCUGCCCUCAGAGAACAACGCCAUGGCCACCUACCCGCCCACCUGCUCCAACACCAACACGUCCCAGGGAAUGAACAUGGCCAACAGCAUCGCCAACCUGCGGCUCAAAGCCAAGGAGUACAGCUUGAACCAGGUGCCCACGGUCAACUGAGAGGAGGAGAGGCCGGGGGGUGGGGGCUUGCGCGCUGGAGGAGGGGAGGGGACCCUCUCUGCCGCUGGACGCCGUCUCUGGGAUGAGCGCCUUCUCACGUACCCCGGAUCAUGAAGUCUCCUCUGCCUUCUGGAGCAGUUCUAUCACCUAUAUGCAAAAAAUGUUGGAGUGAUGGCAGGAUUUUCCCUUUUUUUUUAUCCUCCUGAGCAUCACUGAACUAUUGUUUGUACAAAAAAAAGACAUCUAUUGGAUGCUGUAUCCGAAUAUCUGCGUAGUUUUACUUUGUGAUUGUGACUGAAAUGGAGAGUUUUCAAUCAGAGAACUUGUUCUCGGCGGAGACUCGUGCAUGGACUACGUGGAGUUCCCUUUGUCCCUUUGGCUGUGGUGUUGGAUACAAUUACACACCAAAUUUGGGAUCAACAACACUUUUUUUUUCUCUCUCUCUCUUUUAAAACCAACGACAAACCGCCAAGGACUUCUGACAUUUAUGCAAUUUCUUUAAAAAGAGUUAGUUUUGUUUUUUUUCUUCCCACAUUUCUUUCCAUGUUAUACCACUGACGAGCAACAUUUUCAUGUAAUAGUCCAAUAUAAAGGAGAGGCUAAUGUAUUUCUGAAUCCAAAAACCAGUAGAUUCUCUUAAUUUCCUAUGAUAUCCUUUAUUUGUAACAGAAUAAAAAAACUUGUAUAUGAAUAAAAAUGCAUUUCAAGCAA